CGGGGGUGGGAGGUCCGCGGCAUCACAGUCAGUCCCUCGGGCGAAUUGACUCCACACGCCCCUCGCGUCUCUCGGCCUUAAGUGUUAGCCGCUAAACUCCCCCCCUUCACCCCCUCAACAACAACAACAACAACAGCAUGUCUUCUGACGAGGAGGAAUACAGCAGCGAGGAGGAGUCCAGCGAGGAGGAGGAGGACCCAGCGGCCAGGGCCAAGGCGGCUGAGGUACUGGCCAGACAGAAAGCUUUGGAAGAAGCCAAGAGGAAGCAGGAUGAGAUGGACAGGAGGAAGGCCGAGGUGCGCAAGCGCCUGGAGGAGCAGAGCGCGAAGAAGGGCAAGAAGGGUUUCAUGACCCCCGAGCGUAAGAAGAAGCUCAGGCUGCUCCUGCGUAAGAAGGCCGCUGAGGAGCUGAAGAAGGAACAGGAGAGGAAAGCCGCUGAGAGACGCAAGAUCAUUGACCAGCGCUGUGGCCAACCCAAGAACCUCGACGGGGCUAAUGAGGAUAAACUUAGGGAAAUCUGCAAGGCAUACCACGAGCGUUUGUUCCUUUGUGAGUCCCAGAAAUGGGACCUUGAGUAUGAAGUCCGCAGGAGAGAUUACGAGAUCAACGAACUCAACAUUCAGGUCAACGAUCUCCGCGGCAAAUUCAUCAAGCCCACCCUGAAGAAGGUCUCCAAGUACGAGAACAAGUUUGCCAAGCUGCAGAAGAAGGCCGCUGAGUUCAACUUCAGGAACCAGCUCAAGACUGUCAAGAAGAAGGAAUUCGAGCUCGAGGACGACAAGGAAAAGCUCGCCAAGCCUGACUGGGCGGCUGGCGGACCCGGAGCCGCAAAGAAGGAAGGAGAGGAGGGCGCACCUCCGGCGACGGAGGGCGAGGCCGUGGCCGAGGAAGGAGGGGAAGCCGCCCCCGCCGAGGAGGCUCCCGCCGGCGACGCCCCGGCAGAGGGCGCUGCCUCAGAGGGCGCCCCGCCUGAGGGUGCCCCGGCCGAGGGGGCGCCGGCUGAGGGGGCUCCGGCCGAGGGCGCCGCUGAGGCCGCCCCGGCGGAGGGGGGUGACGCCCCACCCGCUGAGGGUGCCCCAGCGGACGCCCCGGCCGAGGCCCCGGCUGAGCCCCCUGCCGAGGCACCCGCUGAGGCAGCCCCUGCCGAGGCCGCCCCGCCCGCAGAAGGUGAAGCACCGCCGCCCCAGGAAGCGUAAAGUGGUCAUCGCCAAUCAGCCGUCAACAGCAGCACCAGCGGCGGCGGAGGGGGGAUGACGCAGCCGGAAAGCAAAAUAUAAUUGUCUACGUCUCUUGUCUUCGUUUUCUGUGGAUCUUCGCGUGUGACGUCAUGGCGUGUCAGAAUUCUCCAAUGAGCUAGAGAAGAAAAUCAACACCCGAGAAAUUAUAUAUGAGAGAGAGAGAGGAACGCACCCUCGGAGAAGAAGAAAAAGGGAAGAAAAAUAACGAAAUCAAAACAGCAAGGAAAAAACAUCGAUUUGCUAGGAAAGGAUGACAGCGGACAAUCAUGAAAGGGCAACCAGAGUCGAGGCCACAGCUGGGUUGCAGGGGUGCGUUCCGACCAUCCAACUUAACCAAAUACGGAACGAUUGUCGCCAUUUUUUUAACUCCACCAAUUUUUUUCGCUAGUUAAAUCUUCCUUGGACUGACUGUGAACAUCAUUACAAUACUCUUAACACAUAUAUACAAAUACUAUUAUAAAACAUGAAUCUCCAUAAAAUUUGUAUAACGCAUGACAGUAUUUUUUCCAUUGUAUUGUGAGCCCUGAAAAGUAUGCAUGUCAACAUAUACAUAAGUUUUCAGCCCAUACGCAAUGAUAUGUGAAAUUAAAUACUUGUCAAAAAC